AUGACUGAAAUCGAAACGAAAUCAAAUAUUUCAUUUUUCUUGAACGAAAUCCAAAAAUGGCUUCAUGUCGAAGAAUUCAUAAAUCGGCUCCGUCAAGGGAUUGAAGAGACAAAGAAAUCGAUUGAACAAUUAUCAAUCGAUUGCGAAGAGAAUUGCACCAAAGUCAGGCAGGAAUUCGAUGAAUUUCGGAAAGAGACAAGGAUGAAGGCCGAAGAAUUGUGCGGCCAAAUGAGAGAAAAGACGAGCGAAAAAGAAAGGAAAUGGCGCCAAUCCCUCAAAGAGAAAGAAAGACUUUCAUUAAGCGACGACGACGAAGUUGUUUCUGGUGUCGGGUCUCUGGGAGCGGAGCUUUCAGGGCGGCUCCACGAAUCUUUCCCUCCUGUUGAGGAAGGUCAUUUUGUUAUGACCUUUCCAGAAUGGUGCCAACGAUCCUUGGACCAACUUCAAGAAGAAAUCGUCGGCUUUAAGACAUGGCCCCCAAGGGAAUUGGAACUUGAAAGCGAAUUCCGUCUUCGGGAUUCGAACCUGCAGUGGAUUGAAUCGAUUGCCGCCAGCGACAAAGACGGUCACGUGUUUGUUGUCGAUGGGGACGACGGUUCGAUCAAGGAAUUCGGCGAGACUGGGGAAUUCCUCGGCCGAUGUCUCUUGGGAGACGAAGGAUUCUUACCCUGGGACAUUUGUUGUUUCUCUCAAGACAAUUUCGUUGUUUGUGGAUGGGGGUGGGAGUCUGGGUUUGGGUUGGGGUGGGAGACGGGAUUCACUCCUCCUCCCGCUUCUAAAUUUCAUCCCUCCCUCUUCCUUAAACUCUUUUUCUCUCUUUUCUCUACCCUCUCCUCCGCCCCGACUUUUCCCCUCUCUCUAUAUUUGCUUAUAUCUCCAUCUAUCUAUCUAUCUAUCUAUCUAUUCCAGCCUCUUCUCACAUCUAUCUAUCUAUCUAUCUAUGGAAAACAAUAA